AUUAAUUUUCAUCCAGCAGAUCUUCCUUCUUUCCGGCGUGGAACUGUGGAAGUUGAAAAUUCUGAGUGAAAGGUGAAUUCGUAUUAAAUUGGUGCUUGACAUAAAUAUUUUUAUUGUUUACACUAUUAAAACAUAGAAACCAAUGGCUGCCGUGCUCGAUGAAGUUGGCAAGUCCGCCGAAAAGCUUGUAGAUGACAUUGCAAACGAUGAAAUUGACAUUGAAGGAGAAGAUGGUGCUUCAGAAGCUUCUAAGAAAAAGAAACGCAAAAAGAAGAAAAAGAAAGCAGGUGCUGGUGAAGCUUCGGCCGAUGUGCCUGGGGACGGAGGUGAUACGGCGGAAACUUUAGCUGAUGAUGUUAGCAACCUAAAAGUUAAUGGAAACAAGGAGACUGAAAAUGCAGAAGACGGAGGCAAUGCUGAGACCAAGAAGAAACCUAGAAAAAGGAAUAGAGGAAAGGGAAAUAAACAGACUGACCCACCGACUGUUCCAAUAGCUCAACUUUUCCCUGAUGGCAAUUACCCAGUUGGACAGGAGAUGGACUACAGAACAGCCAAGGAUCGUUUCACCUCUGAAGAAGCUCGCACUCUCGAUCGGCUUCAUAAUGAUAUCUACAAUGAAGCCAGGCAUGCUGCAGAGGCUCAUAGGCAGACCAGGAAGUACAUACAGAGCUGGGUGAAACCGGGUAUGACAAUGAUCGAGAUAUGUGAAGAACUUGAGAAGACUGCUCGUGCUCUGAUUGGAGAGAACGGACUGAAGGCUGGCCUAGCGUUUCCUACGGGCUGCUCCCGCAACCACUGCGCAGCGCAUUACACUCCCAACGCUGGAGACACAACGGUGCUGCUGUACGAUGAUGUUACCAAGUUUGACUUUGGAACUCAUAUCAAUGGUCGCAUCAUUGAUUGUGCUUGGACCUGCACUUUCAACCCCAAGUAUGACAAACUGAUAGAAGCUGUUAGAGAUGCUACCAAUACUGGAAUUAAGGUUGCUGGUAUAGAUGUUCAGCUAUGUGAGAUAGGAGCCGCCAUUCAGGAAGUGAUGGAGUCGUAUGAGGUUGAGAUUGAUGGUAAAACUUACCAAGUCAAGUCAAUCAGGAACUUAAAUGGACACUCUGUUGCUCCUUAUCGCAUCCACGCAGGCAAGACUGUUCCUAUAGUAAAAGGUGGUGAUGCUACGGUGAUGGAGGAAAAUGAGUUUUACGCCAUAGAGACGUUUGGAUCAACUGGUCGUGGUCAGGUCCAUGAUGAUAUGGAGGUGUCACACUAUAUGAAGAAUUUUGACGCAGGCUUCAUGCCUCUAAGGUUACAGUCUUCAAAAUCCCUCUUAGGGACAAUCAACAACAACUUUGGAACUCUGGCAUUUUGCAAGCGCUGGCUGGAUCGUGCAGGGGCUACUAAAUAUCAGAUGGCUUUGAAAGACCUCUGUGACAAAGGCAUCGUUGAGUCAUACCCCCCUCUCUGUGACAUCAAGGGCUGUUACACUGCGCAGUUUGAACAUACCAUUGUCCUACGUCCUACUUGUAAAGAAGUGAUCAGCCGCGGAGACGACUACUGAACUGCUCAAUUAUGUUUUGAUACGUUUAAUACUGCAAGAGGUUGUUUUUUUUUUCUUAUCCUAUUUCUUGUUUCAAUUUCGAAUUUAUUUGCACCUGCAAACAGUGUUUUUGGUCCCGAGUGUAUCAACGAAGAAUGUUAUGGAUAUGCUUGAUAUGAAUUUUACAAAUACAUGUUGUGAGGGUAUUUUUAAUAGUUGUGAAUCGGUAAAAAUUAAAGUUCACAAAAUUAAACUCUCACAAAAGGGUUUGCUAAUUCUAAUGUUUUGUUGAUUGGAUUUUUGUUUCUUGAUACACAUUUGAAUUGUUUUUAUUUGCAUGCUCCCUCUUUUAUGGGGACAAGAAACAAAUUUAAAAAACUAAACAUAAUAUUACCCACAGAUGUAAAAGUACUGCAGGGCAUUACAUCAAGAAAUUUCUCAAAUAAGACCAUGGAAAUUCUCCAGUAUACAUAAGUUAUAUGUAUAUAAAAAAAGUUAUUAAAGAUUUGUUUUAAUAAUGCCGA